GAAGUUUUGCCUGUCGCCUGGUCUUUGGGACAGCCUCUCACACAUCAUCUCUAUUGCCGCACCAACUGGGAAACUAACUCACCUGCAAUCUCUCCAACCAAAUAACCCCCAACGUUUUGACUACUGCCACCUGACAUGGAGACCCAGCAAAGACACGGACACCACUCACUUUGCCACACCUGCCGGAGAACGGAGAGCAGCAGAAUGAAGGUCAAGAAGAUGUCUUCGUCCAGUCGGGCGCUGCUGUUUGCACUGGCCCUGACGCUCUACGUAGUGGAAAUAGCCUCGGCAGAGACGCUGUGUGGGGGAGAGCUGGUGGAUGCGCUGCAGUUUGUCUGUGAAGACAGAGGCUUCUAUUUCAGUAGGCCAACCAGCAGGGGAAACAACCGGCGCCCCCAGAACCGUGGGAUCGUAGAGGAGUGUUGUUUCCGUAGCUGUGACCUGAACCUGCUGGAGCAGUACUGUGCCAAACCUGCCAAGUCUGAAAGGGACGUGUCGGCCACCUCUCUACAGGUCAUACCCGUGAUGCCCGCACUAAAACAGGAAGUCCCAAGGAAGCAGCAUGUGACCGUGAAGUAUUCCAAAUACGAGGUGUGGCAGAGGAAGGCGGCCCAGCGGCUCCGGAGGGGUGUCCCCGCCAUCUUGAGAGCCAAAAAGUUUCGGGGGCAGGCGGAGAAGAUCAAAGCCCAGGAGCAGGCAAUCUUCCACAGGCCCCUGAUCAGCCUGCCUAGCAAACUGCCGCCCGUCUUGCUCGCCACGGACAACUAUGUCAACCACAAAUGAGCCCGCUGCCAGCCCUUUGCACAGACAAGAGUUUGGAGGGAGAAAAAAAGACUAGGGGAUUAUAGCUUUUUCUCUGACGUCAUUUCUGUGGCAGUCCUCUUUGACCUCCCCUGCCCUGUCCGAGCCCACCAGUCCCUACGCCUGCUCUCAUCCACUACUUCUUGACCUCUGGCCCUUUUCUAAUGCCCCCCCCACCCCCACCCCCCACCCCGGACCCAACCCACCCAUCCUCCUCCGGCACACAAACAUGCCUUCACAUUCUUCCUAUCUGAACUCCUUUGCUCCCUCUCGCUUUCAGUCACUGACACAAAAGGCACAAACACAAAUGAUGAACAAAAAGUUAACAAUUCGGCUGAAUGCAAUUCAGGUGGAUCCUUAAGCAAAAGACAAACGGGAAAGGAGAAAAGAAGAUGAAAGAGAUCUGUGGUUUGCAAGUGUCAAGCGGACACCCAGCGGAAUGUUUUUUUUUCUUGUCCUUGUGGAAGACAACUGAAAGUGAAGAGCAGCUUGCAUGAAAGAAUCCAUUCCACUUCAUUUUUUUCCUGAGGCAAAAAGAAAAUCUCUGUUAGUUCUUUUUCUUAUUAGUUUGCACCUCUACCUAUAAAGGGACUUCCACACUGUAAGGAAUUAUUUUCUAAAAUUAGAUUCCUGUUCCAGCACCUUUUGAUCACAAACAAAAAGCAGAAAAGAGUCUGCAAAAUUGCACAUCGCCACGGAUUACGUCAAAGUAAAGAAAAAAAUGGCACUAUUUUUUUAUGAACAAUGAACGUGUAGCUUAAAAAAUGUCAUGGUGCUAGCUUUGGGAAUGGACUCAAAGAAGAGGUUGAAAAGCACGUUUUUUUUUCUUUGAAUGAAUAUUAAAACUUUCCGUUUUAAGGAAAGUGUGACUUUUAAAAAAAGGAAAAUAAAGGAUAUGGGGGAGCUCCUGGCAGUGGCAAUGUCAAGGGGGAAGUGUCACUGAGAAAAGAUACGGGCUGUGUUGGCAUUUAGGCUCACAGCGAGUGUCAGCGGCUGCUCAUCACUAGCUUGCUGGCAGAAGCGGCAAGGGGGACCUGAGACCCAGUCCCUUGUUCCUCCUGUCCCUCUGAGGCUGCCAGACACAGGGAGCAGUAUGGGGACACACAUGGGACACCGUGGACCGCCUGGAUUGGACAGUACUACAGUUCUGGGACUUGACUUCCUGUUUGCCAUGGCUUUGCAGACUGCUCUGACAGGAAGUAACAUGGCAUGGACAAAGAGCAAGUGGGAUAUUGAUGAUUAUAUUUUAUUUUGUCUUUUUUCUGUUUUCUUUUCAUAUCAAUGUUUCAAUGAAAAAAAAAGAAAAACCCCGUCAGUUUCUGGUACCGUGACAUUCCUGUUUUUCCAAGUUAGGCUUUUUUUUUUUUGUUUGUUUCCAUGGUUAUUGUUAUGAUGUUAUUUUACAGUUCUAAAGAAAGGCACAAAAUUUCAAUUCAAAGGGAAAAAAACAGCAAUAAUGUCAACUAACAUUUUAUUUUUUAUUGUAUAUCAGUAGUAUUCACAUGCUUUUGCCUGAAAAGAAAUACUUGAAUAUAUAUAUGUAUACAUCUAUAUAUAUAUAUAUAUAUGUAUAUGUAUAUAUAUAUAUAUGUAUAUAUAUACAUAUAUAUACAUAUAUAUAUAUAUAUAUAUAAAUUAGUUUCCAGGGACGUUGUGUUAUUUUCCUUUAGUCUGAGCUGUAUCUUGCGUAAUGAGCCGCCAAGCUUUUUUGUUUGUUUGUUGAAAUACAAAUAAGGGCACUGUAUAAAGGCAUUAUUUAUUUUGUUAUAAAAUAUAUUUGAAAAAUUGGUCCAAAUAAUAUACGUAGCACUGAUGCUCAACUGACGGUUUUAUUUUGUAUGAUCUCUGUUUUUCAAUUGGAGUUGUAAGGCUUUUUGUAGAUGCUUUGUACCAAAAAUAAUGUCUCUUUUUCCUUUUUCGUCUGCCAUAGUUACUUUGAAUUAAUAUUUUAACAGCAGCGUAGUCUGGAUUGUUAAGGCAUAUUAUGUCACAGAAAUAGGCACAUACUCUGCAUACAGUGAUCUGCACGGAUUUCCAGAAGCCUGUUAGGGUUAUCUGUGAAAAGGAAAGCAUCAAUGAGUGACUUCAUUAUUUUAAAAAUAACUGUUCAUCAUUGAUUGUACCCACUAUCUUUUGAAGCCACUUUAGUAUUGAUGGCGGGGGAAUGAUCAGUCCUUCAUUAAAUCAUGUCUUUGUAAUUGUGCAUGGUGUCCUAUGGUCUUAUAAGGAGCAUCUUGCCUAUGUGCCAGUGCCACUGAUGUUGUCGCGUGUUGGUUUUGGGUCACGAGGGCACAAACGUCCGGUCAGUUGUAGACUUAGGGUUUAGCUUACGUCUGACUUACAUGAUUCAUUGUGUCGAUGCCUUAACUGAAGGUAAUGAUGCUAGUUGCCAUCAAAGGUCACCUAAAGGUCAUUGUUGAUCAAGGAGAGAGCAUAUCAUCGGAUCACCUCACUGUUCUCAUCUGUUUAUCUGUCUGUUUAUCUUUUUGUCUGUCUGUCUAUCUGUCUGUGUGAUCUUUCUAAUCUGUUUGUAGAAGACAAUGCCCCUGAUUUAUGCAUUAAGAAUAUCUAUCUGUAUUUGCAUGGUGGGUCAGAGGGGGGCAGGGUCGUUAGCCUGCCAUUAACCACUCAACCAAUCUUCCAAUCAUCCAUCCAUUAUGCAUUUGACAAAGGGCUAUCAUGCUGAACCAUUUCUGAAGCACUCAGGAACACAAUCUAUGCUCUCCAAGGAAGAAGUGUAGGAAGAGUAGUUGCUGAGUGUCAGUGAUAAUCUUGUUGUGGAAGGGCAGCUGAGGUUGUUACCCAUACCUGGCUGGCCACAAUGAUACAGCUCUCUGUGACAAACCACUGAAGCCCAUGUCAGAAACAAGGUAAUUCUGUGCCACAUUAUAGUUUCCUCCUCUAUUUUGUCGUGCAUCACCCCUCAAAUGGAGAGUUAAUGGAUACUCGCCCUGUUGUGGUGAAGAGUCAAGCCAAUGCUUCUUUUUUCUGUCAGAGAGAUCUCAAUUAUCAAGGCUGCGUCCUGUCUCUAAUUAUAUUCUACUUCAGUUGUGCAACAAAGCAGGCAGUGCAAUUAUUAUUAUUAUUGUUAAUAGUAAUAUUAUUAUAAUAUUUUCUAUUUUAUUCUAUAUUUUCCUGCUAGGACUGCAUUCAUUCACUAUUGUAAUGUUCAAACAGGCUACUCUAGUGUUCUUAUGAAUGGCGUGAAAGACAACCACUUCUUUUUGCUGAAAAUGAAGAGAUAUCUUGCCAAGCAAUGGCAACUUUUUCGUGUGUCAGUAGCUCACUCAGCCUGUGUGUAUUUUAUUGAUUUAACCUCUGCACGCUAGAACGUCCGAAAUGCACAAUUCAUGUACUUUCAUUUUUAAUAUCAAUAAAAAAACCAUUUUAUCGAACUUA